AUGUUCCGUUUCCCGUGGCUCGCUGCAUCGCUCGCCUUUGUGGUCUUCAUCUUCUCAAUUGAGGCUGCUGCCACAUCGCCUCCCGACCCUUAUGGGCCAGUCAUAAGGGAUUGCUCGAUUAUUGUGGAAAACUCAGAGGAAUUGAAGGGGUAAGUCUUCCCGAAGUAUAACGGCGCGACUCGCUACCAGUACUAUCACUGAUCAGGCAAAACCGUCUUGGCGCCCGCACACCGCUGGCCAUCACUGAAGAAUUCCUGGGUGCAACGUCGUCUCUAGCGAUCCUGCCAUAAUCAACAGCUGCCUAUGUGGCCAGUAUCACUAUGAUGUAUGGAAACAAAUGGAUACGUGCAUUACGGCCGGUAAGCUUGGUUUCGAAACGGUUAGGUGAAGCGCGACCCCUGUCUACUGGUGACUUACACUCAAGGGCCCCCUGUCUCUCGCAGACCGACAGCAUGUAGUUUCGGACGUCGAUUGGUGGCAUGACUUUAGAUGCGCGACUUGUUACAGUGCUAACUAUGGGAACAACCCUGUGGUCAAAUCUAGUAAGUGUCUUGCCUUCAUCCUUUGCCUAAGUUGGACCCCGAGGCCACUGAGCUGGCACACAGUGCAGCGCCCCGGCAAAGUUGCGGACGCACUGGCUUCAGAAGCUCAUUGGCUGACAUUCACUUUUCUCAAUUCUAGAGGUGUGUGCACACUCAAAACGCAAAAUGCCCUCCAAAGCUCGCAAAAGAACGAAAAUGCCCUAG